GCCAAUUGCUUUUCUGUGAUCUUUUAGCUAGAGAUUAUGAUUGACAGAAUUUACUCAUUUUAUUGGUGAGCCCAAAAAACCGAACUACAAAAAUGACAGCUACACCAGUUCUUUACUCUCAUGUCGAUUGUAGCUUGCGAUCUCUUGCAGGUCAAGCAGCGGGAUUCGGUCGCUUUGCCGUUGGUGGACUUCAAGGACCGCUCUAUCGUGUUACAACGCUAUCAGAUGAUGGGCCUGGAUCGCUUCGAGCUGGAUGUUGUAUGAACGAACCUAUGUGGAUUGUUUUUGAAGUUUCGGGUACCAUUGAACUUUCCUCUCAUUUGGAUGUGUCCUCUUACAAGACCAUCGAUGGACGAGGACAACGGAUUAAGCUAACUCACAAUGGAAUUAGGCUAAAAGAAUGUGAACAUGUGAUCAUAUGCAACUUAGAGUUUGAAGGUGGUAUAGGAGAUGAGAUAGAUGCCAUUGAAAUCAAGCCCAAUUCAAAACACAUAUGGAUUGAUCGUUGUAGCCUCAAAGAUUAUAAAGAUGGGUUGAUCGAUAUUACCCAUCAAAGCACAUUUAUUACCAUUUCUCGUUGUCACUUUUCAAACCAGGACAAAGUAAUGCUUAUUGGAGCUAGUCCUUUACACAUUGGUGACCGGUGUAUUUUUGUUACUAUUCACCAUUGUUUCUUUGAUGGAACCCGACAACGCCAUCCUCGUGUUAGAUUCGCUAAAGUACAUUUGUACAACAAUUACACGAGUGACUGGGGCAUUUACGCCGUUUGUGCUAGUGUGGAAGCAGAGAUAUACUCGCAAUGCAACAUAUACGAAGCGGGCCAAAGGAAGGAGGCUUUUAAAUAUCUUACUGAGAAGGCAGCAGACAAAGAGGAGGCAAGUACGGGCUCCAUUAUAUCUGAUGAUGACCUAUUUAUGGAUGAUACACAAUCAGGCUUAUUAGAACCAAUAUGUAGCUCGUUUCACCCAAGCCAACACUACGAGACAUGGACGGUUAUGUCUGCAACAAACGAGCUCAAACAUGCUCUCCAGCAUUGUACAGGAUGGCAAGAUGUUCCACGCCCACCUGGCGAGUAACGAAUUGCAUAAUUCUUUGUACGUGUAUUGAUAUAUCAAAUUCGAAGUAUGCGGAGUUGUCAUUUGUUCAUUCCUAUGACGUAUUCUCUAAAAAGCUCUAAUACUUUGAAUUCUAAUAUUAAGUUACGUACUUCGGGUAUCUA